AUGUCACUUGCAAAGCUCCAAAACCUGCCUGUCGAGGUGCUCUUACUACUUGUCGAGCAUGCCACCAGCGACGGCGAUAGCGACGACGACAGCGACAGAGACGACAGCGACAGAGACGACAGCGACAAUGAAAAAGCCAGAAAUCGCCAACAUCUCUUCGGAAGCCUGUGCCGAGUCAACCGUCGCUUUCACAGCAUCUUUGAGCCUCUCCUGUACCGAGCCGCGAUUGCAACCGAGAACAAUGUCAUCACCACUCUGGCCGCCCGAGAUGGCAGGCUGGACACCUUGAAGAAAGCCGUCGAGUAUGGAGCCGACCUGAACAGUGUUACCUGGGUUCCAAUUCCCAACUGGUCCCCCCCUGGUGAUCUUGACAGGGACUUGCGAGGUACGGAAGAAUGCCCAAGGGACACAAGCUGGGGCAUUUGCUGGGCAACACCCCUGCACAUGGCUGUUUGCGAAGGCCGCUACGACGUUGUCAAAUACCUCUUUUCUAUUGGAGUCGAUGUUGACGUUCCGGGCAAGCUUCUCUGCGGCUGCAUGUCCAUGGGCGAAAUUGUGGCCGGCUUGGAUUCAAAUUGGUCCCCAGAACUAUGGGAUGGAGUGGUCAUUGCAUCAGGAGUUUGGACCCCGCUUCACUAUGCCAUCUGCCGCAGAAAAUCCGACGUUGCUCGCUUUCUCAUCUCUCAAGGAGCAUCGUUGGAUACCACGCGCUACCCUGACCGCGACGAGAUUCCAAGGGACAACGGGAUCGCUUCGCUCUUUGGUCUUGAUCUAUCCAAGCCCAAGAAAUCAGCAUCAAUCCGCAACCGCCUCGAUACACUCAUCUGCAGUGUCGGAACAUCAGGACCAAUGUUCGACGAUCAUGAAGAAGUGGUCGGUGGUGAUGGCUACGGCGGGAGGAAACCCCUCGCAGACAGCGUCGCAGCUAUUCACACGGCCGCAGUCAUCAACGACCAAUCAAUGAUUCGUCACCUCGCUGUCGACUGUGGUUUCGACAUCAACGCGAAGGAUGGUGGCGGCGCUACCGCUCUCCACUACAGUCUGACAGCGAAUGAUAUCGAGACUGUGCGUUGCGUGCUAUGUCUUGGUGCAGACCCCAACAUUGACCUUGAUAUCGACUGCCAUCCUGCGGUCAGCAGUGCCGCAGCUUGGCUUGUGUCCUACUAUGGCUUCUUAGUGUUGACCACACAGCAAGAUUUACCACCUUCUUGGGUUUUUGAGCGCGCUGGCAACCGGGGCACUAGAGCCAGAUUCAUCUCUCAAGCCCUCGGAGCGCUUCUUGACCACGGCGUCUCCUGCUGGGUGGGAGACAACGCAGGCAAUCCCAAGUGCCUAGCACUAUACCAAGCUCAGGUUGACAGUUAUUGGGUCCUCCGCAGCCGAAAACAUGUCUAUGACGGCUGCUUCAAGAGAUUCCUAGAGGGUGCAAUGAUGGAGUACGACCCCGCGGUAUGCUGUGAUCUGAAAUCAUCGGUUAUGAAACUCUUCUUUUAUAUCUUGAUUUGGGAAGACUUUGACAACACCGUCGAACUGUUCAGCACAAUCGUCAAUGUGGCAGGUUCGAUCGACUUCUCAGCCACCAUAGAUGAUAGCAUACCAGACGAAUAUCGCCUAAUUGGAGAUGAGCACAUGUCCCUUGUGGCAUUUUGCUUCCUGGCGCUUGAACGGGACCACGGGAGCCCCAAACACAUGAGGCGCAGAAGGUUGGCGUCAACUCUCGCAAAGUGUGAGUGGCUGAGGACGCAAAGCGCUAUCACAACACCGGAGAUGCUGGAAUACCUCGAUGCCUUGACCGGGGAGACGUGUCGCCGGACGAUGCGUAAGAAAAGAUUUUUGUAG